GGACCGGGGCGGGGCGACCACGGGCCGGGAGCUCAGCGGUCGGCGGCCGGCGGCGGGAGAUCGCGGGCGAGCGGAGCGCAACACUCGCUUGGUUGGGGAGAUCGGCGCUUGGCCGGGUGAGCACAAGCCUGGGAGAUGGCAGUGAUGGAAAUGGCCUGCCCAGGCGCCCCUGGCUCAGCAGUGGGGCAGCAGAAGGAACUCCCCAAAGCCAAGGAGAAGACGCCGCCACUGGGGAAGAAACAGAGCUCCGUCUACAAGCUUGAGGCCGUGGAGAAGAGCCCUGUGUUCUGCGGAAAGUGGGAGAUCCUGAAUGACGUGAUUACCAAGGGCACAGCCAAGGAAGGCUCCGAGGCAGGGCCAGCUGCCAUCUCUAUCAUCGCCCAGGCUGAGUGUGAGAAUAGCCAAGAGUUCAGCCCCACCUUUUCAGAACGCAUUUUCAUCGCUGGGUCCAAACAGUACAGCCAGUCCGAGAGUCUUGAUCAGAUCCCCAACAAUGUGGCCCAUGCUACAGAGGGCAAAAUGGCCCGUGUGUGUUGGAAAGGAAAGCGUCGCAGCAAAGCCCGGAAGAAACGGAAGAAGAAGAGCUCAAAGUCCCUGGCUCAUGCAGGAGUGGCCUUGGCCAAACCCCUCCCCAGGACCCCUGAGCAGGAGAGCUGCACCAUCCCAGUGCAGGAGGAUGAGUCUCCACUCGGCGCCCCAUAUGUUAGAAACACCCCACAGUUCACCAAGCCUCUGAAGGAACCAGGCCUUGGGCAACUCUGUUUUAAGCAGCUUGGCGAGGGCCUACGGCCGGCUCUGCCUCGAUCGGAACUCCACAAACUGAUCAGCCCCUUGCAAUGUCUGAACCACGUGUGGAAACUGCACCACCCCCAGGACGGAAGCCCCCUGCCCCUGCCCACGCACCCCUUCCCCUAUAGCAGACUGCCUCAUCCCUUCCCAUUCCACCCUCUCCAGCCCUGGAAACCUCACCCUCUAGAGUCCUUCCUGGGCAAACUGGCCUGUGUAGACAGUCCGAAGCCCCUGCCUGGCCCACGCCUGGAGCCCAGCUGCCCGUCUCGUGGUGCCCGUGAGAAGUUUUCUGUGGAAGAAUACCUGGUGCAUGCUCUGCAAGGCAGCGUGAGCUCAGGCCAGGCCCACAGCCUGACCAGCCUGGCCAAGACCUGGGCAGCAGGGGGCUCCAGAUCCCGGGAGCCCAGCCCCCAAACUGAGGACAACGAGGGUGUCCUGCUCACUGAGAAACUCAAGCCAGUGGAUUAUGAGUACCGAGAAGAAGUCCACUGGGCCACGCACCAGCCCCGCCUGGGCAGAGGCUCCUUCGGAGAGGUGCACAGGAUGGAGGACAAGCAGACUGGCUUCCAGUGCGCUGUCAAAAAGGUGCGGCUGGAAGUAUUUCGGGCAGAGGAGCUGAUGGCGUGUGCAGGAUUGACCUCACCCAGAAUUGUCCCUUUGUAUGGAGCUGUGAGAGAAGGGCCUUGGGUCAGCAUCUUCAUGGAGCUGCUGGAAGGUGGCUCCCUGGGCCAGCUGGUCAAGGAGCAGGGCUGUCUCCCAGAAGACCGGGCCCUGUACUACCUGGGCCAGGCCCUGGAGGGGCUGGAAUACCUCCACUCGCGAAGGAUUCUGCAUGGGGACGUCAAAGCUGACAACGUGCUCCUGUCCAGCGAUGGGAGCCAUGCAGCCCUCUGCGACUUUGGCCAUGCUGUGUGUCUUCAACCUGAUGGCCUGGGGAAGUCCUUGCUCACAGGGGACUACAUCCCUGGCACAGAGACACACAUGGCUCCGGAGGUGGUGCUGGGCAGGCGCUGCGACGCCAAGGUGGACGUCUGGAGCAGCUGCUGCAUGAUGCUGCACAUGCUCAACGGCUGCCACCCCUGGACUCAGUUCUUCCGAGGUCCGCUCUGCCUCAAGAUUGCCAGCGAGCCUCCGCCUGUGAGGGAGAUCCCACCCUCCUGCGCCCCUCUCACAGCCCAGGCCAUCCAAGAGGGGCUGAGGAAAGAGCCCGUCCACCGUGUGUCUGCAGCAGAGCUGGGAGGGAAGGUGAACCGGGCACUACAGCAAGUGGGAGGUCUGAAGAGCCCUUGGAGGGGAGAAUAUAAAGAACCAAGACAUCCACCACCAGAUCAAGCCAAUUAUCACCAGACCCUCCGUGCCCAGCCGAGGGAGCUUUCGCCAAGGGCCCCAGGGCUCCGGCCAGCUGAGGAGACAACAGGCAGAGACCCUAAGCUCCAGCCUCCUCUCCCACCAGAGCCCCCAGAGCCAAACAAGUCUCCUCCCUUGACUUUGAGCAAGGAGGAGUCUGGGAUGUGGGAACCCUUACCUCUGUCCUCCCUGGAGCCAGCCCCUGCCAGAAACCCCAGCUCACCAGAGCGGAAAGCAACCUUCCCGGAGCAGGAGCUGCAGCAGCUGGAAAUAGGUAUGGGCAGCCGUGGCUGCAGUGGGGCCCUGAGCACUGGCCCUGGGCCACCCACGGAGGCCAGCGUUUCUCUUUACCUGCGGUGUGGGCUUUCUUCCAGCCCCUUCCCCAGCAGCUCAGCUUCUGCAGACUGUGCAGGAAGAACCCCUGAAAACACAGCCAGCCUCCUCCCAGUCUUUCACAGCCAUCUUCCACUUUUCCCUGCAGAAUUAUUCCUCAACAGCCUGUCCCAGCCAUUUUCUCUGGAGGAGCAGGAGCAAAUUCUCUCGUGCCUCAGCAUCGACAGCCUCUCCCUGUCAGAUGACAGCGAGAAGAACCCAUCAAAGGCCUCUCAAAGCUCGCGGGACACCCUGAGCUCAGGCGUACACUCCUGGAGCAGCCAGGCCGAGGCUCGAAGCUCCAGCUGGAACAUGGUGCUGGCCCGGGGGCGGCCCACUGACACCCCAAGCUAUUUCAAUGGUGUGAAAGUCCAAAUACAGUCUCUUAAUGGUGAACACCUGCACAUCCGGGAGUUCCACCGGGUCAAAGUGGGAGACAUCGCCACUGGCAUCAGCAGCCAGAUCCCAGCCGCAGCCUUCAGCUUGGUGACCAAAGACGGGCAGCCUGUUCGCUACGACAUGGAGGUGCCAGACUCGGGCAUCGACCUGCAGUGCACACUGGCCCCUGAUGGCAGCUUCGCCUGGAGCUGGAGGGUCAAGCAUGGCCAGCUGGAGAACAGGCCCUAACCCUGCCCUCCACCGCCGGCUCCACACUGCCGGAAGCAGCCUUCCUGUUCGGCGCAUGAUGCUGCCCUGAAACACAGGCUCAGCCGCUCCCAGGGAUCUGCCAGCCCCCGGCUCAGCAAUGGGACCAGGGCCCGGCAGCAGCAAGGUGGGGGCAAGCAGAACGCCUCCCAGGAUUUCCCACCUGAGUCCUGCCCCAUCCUGCUGAGAAAACACUCCGCCACGUGAAGAGACAGAGGAGGACGGCAGGAGUUACCUCGGGAAACAAACGGGAUCUUCUCUGCCCUGCUCCAGUCGAAUUGGCCUGACCCGCUUGGAUCAGUGACCAUUUGCUGGCAGACAGGGGAGAGCAGCUUCCAGCCUGGGUCAGAAGGGGUGGGCAAGCCCCUCGGCCCCUCACCCUCCAGGCUGGUAUGAGAGUGUCAAGUGUGUAAGGGCCCACACUCAGGUUCAGUGCAGAACCAGGUCAGCAGGUAUGCCCGCCCGUAGGUUAAGGGGGCCCUCUGACCCCCUUGCCUGGCCUCACCUGGCCAGCUCACCCCUGUUGGGUAUAGGGGAAAGGAAUGCCUGACCCUGGGAAGGCUCCCUGGUAGAAUACACCACUUUUCAGGUUGUUGCAACACAGGUCCUGAGGUGACCUCUGGUUCAGCCAAGGACCAAAGAAGGUGUGUAAGUGAAGUGGUUCUCAGUCCCCAGACACGUGCCCCUUUGCCGCUGGCUACCACUCUUCUCCAGAGCAGCAGGCCCCGAGCCCCUUCAGGCCCAGCACUGCCCCAGACUCGCUGGCACUCAGUUCCCUCAUCUGUAAAGGUGAAGGGUGAUGCAGGAUGUGCCUGACAGGAACAGUCUGUGAAUGGACAUGAUCACUGCUAAGGAAAGCAGCAGACAGAGACGCUCCAGCGCCCCAGCCCCACUAUCAGUGUCCAGCGUGCUGGUCCCCAGAGCACAGCUUAGCAGCACACUGACAUUCACCCUGCCCUGCCCCUGGCCAGAGGGUACUGCCGACGGCACUUUGCACUCUGAUGACCUCAAAGCACUUUCAUGGCUGCCCUCUGGCAGGGCAGGUCAGUGACUCUAGGAGCAUAGCAAGCCAGGAGAUGGGGUGACGGGACACAGUCUUGAGCUGUCCACAUGCAUGUGACUCCUCAAACCUCUUCCAGAUUUCUCUAAGAAUAGCACCCCCUUCCCCAUUGCCCCAGCUUAGCCUCUUCUCCCAGGGGAGCUACUCAGGACUCACGUAGCAUUAAAUCAGCUGUGAAUCGUCAGGGGGUGUCUGCUAGCCUCAACCUCCUGGGGCGGGGGAUGCCGAGACUCCUUGGGAGAAGCUUAUCCCCACGUCUUGCCAAGACGGCCUUUGUCCAGCUGUCCACAUCGAGCCAAACUGCUCCCAGGGAGAGAGCCCCAGCCCCCAGCACAUAAAGAACUGCAGCCUUGGUACUGCAGAGUCUGGGUUGUAGAGAACUCUGUAAGCAAUAAAGUUUGGGGUGAUGACAAA